AUGUAUUUUGUGUCAUCUCAGGACGCGGUGACAUUCAAGGAUGUUGCAAUCGACUUCUCUCAGGAGGAGUGGGAGUGGAUGGACCCAGCUCAGAGGGCUUUGUACAGGACCGUGGUGCUGGAGAAUUAUUGGAACUUGGUUUCAGUGGGAGCUUGCAUUUCCAAGCCUUAUCUAAUCUCCUUAUUGGAACGUGGGAAGGAGCCUUGGGAGGCGAAGGAUGAGGUGACAAGAAGCGCAUUACGAGAUGGAGAAUCUGUAAGCAAGACGCAAGAAUUAUCUCCGAAGCAAUUUGUGUUUGAUGAUGUGUCAGUGGAGAAGAUUAGAAGUUUUGGUCAUGAACGUCCCACCUCUGGAAGAAAGAGGGAACAUAAAGACCUUUUUGAUAGACAGAUGAUGCAUCAGGAAAUAUUUAGCAUGGAAGAAACCGCCACUCGUAAGGAAAGUCCCAUUAAAGAAAUAGGCUACAAGCACACCAAAUCUUCACACUCUGUCCAUCUGGACAGUGUAGAGGAGACUAUUUAUAGUCACAAGUCAAAUAAGAAAAGCUUCUGCAAAAAUCCCAAGGUGCGAAAAUACAAGAAAAUCUGGGCAGGGAAGAACAUAUUUAAAUGUAACGAGUGCGAGAAAACCUUCACCCAUAGCUCAUCUGUUACUGUUCAUCAGAGAAUUCACACGGGUGAGAAGCCAUAUAAAUGCACAGUCUGUGGAAAGGCCUUCAAGCAGAGUCACCACCUUGCUCAGCAUCACACAACACACACCCACGAGAAACUCUUUGAGUGUAAGGAAUGUAAGAAAGCCUUCAGCCAGAAUUCAUACCUUAUUGUACAUCAAAGAAUCCAUACUGGAGAAAAGCCAUAUAAGUGUAAGGAAUGUACAAAAUCCUUCAGGCAGCCUGCGCACCUGGCUCAGCAUCAGAGGAUUCACACUGGGGAGAAACCUUAUAAGUGUAAGGAGUGUGGGAAGGCCUUCAGGGACAGUUCUACCUUCGCUCAACAUCAGAGAUGUCACAAUGACAAACGGCCCUUUCAGUGUGUUGAGUGUGGGCAAGCCUUCAGGUACAACAUGUCCCUCACUCGUCACUUUAGGCAUUACCAUACUGGAGAGAAGCCAUUUGACUGCACUGACUGUGGGAAAGUCUUCAGCGUUCACAUAGGACUCACCCUGCACAGGAGAAUUCACACUGGGGAGAAACCUUACAAAUGUACUGUGUGUGGGAAAGCGUUCCGCAGUGGGUCAUCCCUGACCGUGCACCACAGGAUUCACACGGGUGAGAAACCUUACAAGUGUGACGUUUGUGGGAAAGCCUUUAGCCAUAGCAUGUCACUCACUGGCCACCAGCGAGUCCAUUCUGGAGAGAAACCUUAUCCAUGUAAGGAGUGUGGGAAAGCUUUCCGGCAGAGCGUCCAUCUUGUGGUUCAUUCAAGGAUCCAUACUGGAGAAAAACCCUAUGAGUGUAAGGAAUGCGGGAAAGCUUUUAGAGAAAGUUCACAGCUGACCACUCACUGGAGAAAUCACACAGGAGAAAAACCUUUUGAAUGUAAGCAGUGCGGUAAGUUUUUCAAAAGAAGUACCUAUCUCGCCAGACAUCAGAAAAUCCAUACAGGAGAGAAACCCUAUGAGUGUGAUGACUGUGGUAAAACCUUCAUGCAUACUGCCUACCUUAUAAGACAUAAGAGAGUUCAUACUGGAGAGAAACCUUAUAAAUGCACCGAAUGUGGAAAGGCAUUUGGUGAUGGCUCAUCCCGCGCUCAGCAUCAGAGACUCCAUACUGGCCAGAGGCCCUACAUAUGUGAAAAAUGUGGAAAGGCCUUCAGAACAAAGUCAUCCCUCAAUUGUCACCAAAGAUGUCACACUGGAAAGAAACCUUAAUACUGUAUACCCCGUGGCAAACCCUUAGCCACCGAAUAAACGUUUACCAUUCAUCAGAGAUUCUGUCAAUCGGAUUGCUCACUUUAUUCCACCCACGUGGAAGAAUUCACACAAGAGAGCUCAUGAUGAUGUGAGGAAUGUGGAGAAGUCUUCAGCAAUGUUCUUAA